AUGCCAGGAUAUUCAACACCUGAGUCUGUUCAUAUCUAUCUAUCUAGCUAUCUGUCUAUCUAUCUAUCUCUGUUCAUAGAUAUCUCGGUCUGUUCAUAUCUAUCUAUCUAUCUCGGUCUGUUCAUAUCUAUCUAUCUUGGUCUGUUCAUAUCUAUCUAUCUAUCUAUCUUGGUCUGUUCAUAUCUAUCUAUCUAUCUAUCUUGGUCUGUUCAUAUCUAUCUAUCUAUCUCAGUCUGUUCAUAUCUAUCUAUCUAUCUAUCUAUCUCAGUCUGUUCAUAUCUAUCUAUCUAUCUAUCUAUCUAUCUCAGUCUGUUCAUAUCUAUCUAUCUAUCUAUCUAUCUCAGUCUGUUCAUAUCUAUCUAUCUAUCUAUCUCAGUCUGUUCAUAUCUAUCUAUCUCAGUCUGUUCAUAUCUAUCUAUCUAUCUAUCUCAGUCUGUUCAUAUCUAUCUAUCUAUCUAUCUCAGUCUGUUCAUAUCUAUCUAUCUAUCUAUCUCAGUCUGUUCAUAUCUAUCAAUUUAUUUAUCUAUCUACCUCUGUCUCUUCAUUAUCUAUCUACCUCUGUCUCUUCAUUAUCUAUCUACCUCUGUCUCUUCGUUAUUUAUCUAUAUCAGCCUCUUUAAUAUCUAA